CCUGCAUCCGGAGACCAGGGGUGGGGGGCGGGAGGCAGAGACGCACAAGGUGUGGGGGGGACAGACGGACAGACUGAUUCCUAUUCGUCGACAUCCUGCAUCUUCCUUUCCCCCCCCACCAAAAAAAGCAAAAAGCUCCCCAUCAUCCUCUCCAUUCUCCCUCUGCUCUCUGCUUCAAGGGGUUCUCAGUCCCCUCAAGGUGCUGGGGGAGCUUCUUAUAGCCUCUGUCUUCGCCUCACUGGUUGAUUUUUAUUUUUUUUUAAGAAUUUUGGUUGGGGGGAGGUUGGGGGUGAAGAUUCCCCCCUCCAUCUCUGCUCCUUCAUCUCUCUCAAAAAUAUUAUUAAGCCACAAGGGGUUGGUUUGGCAGACCCCGGCGCUGCGCCGCGGGCUCUUUCUCUGCCAACUCCUGCCUCCUCCUGCUGCUGCUGCUGUGCCCGCCCCGUCUAGAAAGAGCCUCGCCCCCCUCCCCUCUUGGCCGCGCUCCCUCCUGCCUUCUCCUUUCCCCGCGGCAGGAGGGGUGGGGGGAGAGGGGGUGGGCCGAGGAGGAGGAGGGGCCAGGAUGACGCCUCGCGCCCUGAUUUGACACCUGCGCACCGUCGGGGGGCGGCCCCCCGCCUCGGCCCGCGCCGCCGAUGCUGAGCUCAGUGUGCGUCUCCUCUUUCCGCGGGCGCAAGUCUGGGAACAAGCCGCCGUCCAAGUCAUGUUUGAAAGGGGAGAUGGGCCGGAACGAAGACAACGACAAGAUAGUCAUCAACGUGGGCGGCAUCCGGCAUGAGACGUACCGCAGCACCCUCAAGACCCUGCCGGGCACGCGGCUGUCGUGGCUCACCGAGCCCGACGCCUGCAGCAACUUCGACUACGACCCCAAGGCCGACGAGUUCUUCUUCGACCGGCACCCGCAGGUCUUCGCCUACGUGCUCAACUACUACCGCACGGGGAAGCUGCACUGCCCGGCCGACGUGUGCGGGCCCCUCUUCGAGGAGGAGCUGGCCUUCUGGGGCAUCGACGAGACAGACGUGGAAGCCUGCUGCUGGAUGAACUACCGGCAGCACCGCGACGCCGAGGAGGCCCUCGACAGCUUCGAGACGCCCGAGAGCCAGGACGAUGAGGAGAGCGGAGACCUCAAGCGCCACUGCCUGCAGGAGGACGGGCGCAAGCUGGGCCGGUGGGCCGCCAUGCAACCCAAGGUGUGGGCGCUCUUCGAGGACCCCUACUCCUCCAGGAUGGCCAGGUAUGUGGCCUUUGCCUCGCUCUUCUUCAUCCUCAUCUCCAUCACCACCUUCUGCCUGGAGACCCACGAGGCUUUCAACCACAUCACAAACAAGACAGAGGUCAUACAGUCGGAGAACGGCACCACCGUAAAGGUGGACUUUGAGAUGGAGACGGAGCCAUUCCUCACCUACGUGGAAGGGAUGUGUGUCAUCUGGUUUACCUUUGAGUUCCUCAUGCGUGUCAUCUUUUGCCCAGACAAGCUGGAGUUCAUCAAGAGCACCCUCAACAUCAUCGACUUUGUGGCCAUCCUGCCCUUCUACCUGGAAGUGGGCCUCAGUGGCCUCUCGUCCAAAGCGGCCAAGGACGUGCUGGGCUUCCUGAGGGUGGUAAGAUUUGUCCGGAUCCUAAGGAUCUUCAAGCUGACAAGGCAUUUCGUAGGGCUGAGAGUCCUAGGCCACACAUUGAGAGCCAGUACCAAUGAGUUCUUGCUCCUCAUCAUCUUCCUGGCCCUGGGGGUCUUGAUCUUUGCCACCAUGAUCUACUACGCCGAAAGGAUCGGGGCUGACCCAGACGACAUCACAGGCAGCAAGCACACCACCUUCAAGAACAUCCCCAUUGGGUUCUGGUGGGCGGUGGUCACCAUGACGACUUUGGGCUACGGUGACAUGUACCCCGAGACCUGGUCAGGCAUGUUGGUGGGAGCACUGUGCGCCUUGGCUGGCGUGCUGACCAUUGCCAUGCCCGUGCCCGUCAUCGUCAACAACUUUGGCAUGUAUUAUUCGCUGGCCAUGGCCAAGCAGAAACUACCAAAGAAAAAGAACAAGCACAUCCCACGAGCCCCCCAGCCUGGGUCGCCCAACUACUGCAAACCGGACAUGCAGUCCCCACAUCGCAGCAACCAGGGUGACUCAUGCCCCCUUGCUCAAGAGGAGAUCAUCGAGAUCAACAGGGCAGAUUCCAAGCAGAAUGGUGAUGCAGCAAAUGCAGCAUUGGCUAAUGAGGACUGCCCCACCAUAGACCAGGCCCUGUCACCUGAGGAGAAGUCACCUGUCACACCUGGCGGUCGGGAACGCUACAACCGUGACCGAGCCUGCUUUCUCCUCUCCACAGGUGACUUUGGUCAGUCACCUGAUGGGAACAUCCGAAAAGGCGCCCGCCGCCUGCCGCAGCCAGCAUCAGACUCCUCUGCCACCUCCUGGUACCUGCAUGACUACAAUGCCAACGCGGCCCCCUGGAAGCAUGAGUAGGAUGCCUGGAAUGCAGGGAAUUGGGUCCACCCUGUAUUCUCGUAACGCCCCGACCGCGUGAGCCAGCUCUGAUUACCGCCUGAGACUGGCUGGGCAUGUGAACUCCAGCGCCCCCCCGGAGGCAGGUCAGCCCUGCUCAAUGCUUUCAAUCCAAUCUCAGCGUGUUGUCGUUUCUGCUCCUGGGGUGGGCUGCCUGGCAGAUGGGAAUCCUCAGGGCAUCACACUCUGUGCAAUAAGGUCCUUUUUCUCCACCCUGAUCAGAGCUGAGUUGGGAGCAUUUGUUCAUGCAGGGAUCCUUUGUGUAGUGGUGUUGAGAUGCAGCUGUCUCCAUGGUGGAGCAGCUCUUCCACAUGCAGCGCUUCCAACAGGCUAUGAGAAGUCCCACAGCCUGAACAGCAUUGCUGGACUGCGCCUGUCUCCGGCGCCCACUCCUUUCGGCUCGCCUGGUUCCGUCCGACGUCCCCGCUCGCCCAUCCCUUCCAUCCUAUAGAGACGCACCAGGGAUGCUUGGGGUUAGCUUGUAUGUUCGUUUAUUUUUAAAAAAAUAUAUAGAGAAGAAAAAGAAAAAAAAUAAGGUAAUGCCAAAAAAAGGAAAAAGAAAACAAAGGCGGUCAAAUGCAUUGGAACAAGUAAAACACAGGAGGCAUCUCACAGGUGGUGUUGCACUAAAGUUUGCACUUUCUGGAGUGUCCAUGAGAAUCCCGAGGCCUGAAGCCUUCUGUUCCCGUGGCUAUGGAUCAAGAGUGGGGCUUAAAUAAUUUACCGGUGGGAGGGUGAAUGCGGGGGGCUGGCUUGCUCAGAAAAUCCAAAUACUCCGAAGAGGAGGAGGUCACUGAGAGAUGGACACUGCAGGAAAGGGGCUCUGUCCCUCCUCUCUGGGUUGCCUGCAUUUCUCCCCCUCUUCAACCUCACUAGAGUGCACGAUUUUUCUCUGGCCCUGGCUUUGCGCUUUAUUUCUCUCCCUUUAGUGCUCUUCCCCUUUUCAUCAUCUUACUCAGGACUGCAAUGAGCCAUAGAGCUUAGUGACAAACUUCCUUGGACUUCUCUCUCUCUCUCUCUCUCUCUCUCUCUCUCUCUCUCUAACACUGUAAUCUGUUUUCAGUCUACCCAUCUCCACAAAACAUCUUUCCAAGUGUCAAAACUAUCCACACUUUAGGUAUCCAUCCAGUCUUUCUCUCUCUCUGUCUCUUUCUCUCUCCCUCCUUACUUACUGAGCAAUUCUGGUUCUUUGAACACAUGGACACUCCACAGUCUCCCUGGAGAAGGCCACCCCACCCAUCUGCCUUUGGCCUUCUAUUAUCUUUCCUUGGAAUUGUUCUCUUUUGUGCAUGGAUCUUCCAUCAAUCACAAGCAAUAAGGUCAAGUGCUCCCUUCUGCCUGAUGCAUGAUAAUGACUUUCCUAUGAUGUAGAUAUUCCAAGAACACUCAAGUUCCUACAGAUGAAGGAGCUGAGGGCAGGCAUGGAAACCAGAAUGUGGUUGGGGAGCAGGAAAUUCCAGGAUUUGACUGGGUCUGAAGGAGAAAGCUUAAGAGACCCAGCCUUCUUCCUUCACGUCUCCCCGCCCCACUUCUCUUCUGUUCCUUUUUUCGUUUUCCGCACACAGAAAAAAAACGGUAAUGGAGCACUCCUUGUUAAGGUGAGUGCUUUCACUGUGAUUUUUUUUCCUGAUUCCAUCCGAAGCUGGGAUGGAGUGGCGCUUUGAUCUGAUUGCAAAAAAAAGGAGCGGGGAGAAAUAAAGACUCAACAACAACAAAAAUGAAAUGCAGGAAAACAAAAAUAAACCUAUUUUUCAGCAGAUAUAUAUAUAUAUAGAACAACAGGAUCAGAACAUUUGUUGGCGACCAUGUGUGGGGAAAUAUUUCACCUGUAAGCUUCUCCUGGAGCAACAGAAUAUGGGGACACAUUAUUUAGCAGCAGAGUACGGGACAUAUUAUUUUUCAAAGCAAUGCUGCUGAGACAGACAAAAUAAAAGCUUAAGGAAUAGU